AUGGAUAGCAAUAAUUAAACCUAGAUCAAUAAAAACUUUGACUAUAAGUCAGCUCUAAAGACUCCUCGGGAGAGUGUAAAGGUUGAACUUAACUUUUCAGGGAAUGUUAAGGAAGAACUUGCUCGCUACAAAAAUGUGAACUUCGCCACGUUUCAUAACACUUCAAUUUAGAAUAAGUUCUCGACAAGAUUCUCAUCAAUAGCGAACGAAGAUCCUCUUAACAUCUAACCUUCUUAAAAUAUUAAUAAUGAACUUCCCGAGAUACACUCUCCAACAAUUAAGUCAACUAAAAACCACGUCAAAAAGUAAUAUUCAAUAAAUCCUUAGAGAGAUUAAAGACUAGGAGUCAAAAACUUACUUCAAUCCUAGCUAAAUCAAUCAAGGAUGCGGAGUUUGCUAGGUGAAACAUAGCAAGUGGUUUUGGACUAUCCAAGGCAAAUUAGACUAUCUUCAAAAAAUGAUACAAUAAGCUAGAUUAGAAAGUCUCUUAGAAAAAACAGAAUAUUUCAUACUCAAUAUGAUGCGUCAUUGGAAAAUUUGAAGUCUAGAAUGCUCUUAAAGGGAAUAUAUGAGCCCAAUAAGGUAGAUUAACCCUUUGACAAAGAAGCUUAAGUUAUUGAUCACAUUAAAUUAACCGGUAAUUAUAAAAAAGAAAAGUUAAAGAUAUGUGAAUUAUACGAUGAGGGUGAUUAAUAGUAAAUCAACAUUAGUACCAAAUAUAAUAGGAACAAAAGAAAUCCCUAAGAAAGUUAGGAUUAUUAGGAAAGACAAUAUUUUAACAGACUUAUCAAGGAGAAUGCAUUUAGAAAUAAGGAAGUCAUCCACAAGAAAGAUGAAGACGGCCAUGUUGUAAAUGAUCUUGAACCAAUAAAAUUAAAUCUGGAAUAAUAGAGAAAGAUCAUAGAACUAGUAAAUAAAAAGAAUUAGAUGCUUGAUAAAACAAUGCACAUGUCAUUCGAAUCUAAAAUCAAGAAAUUAGAAAAACUACUGGAAGAUGGUUACACAAUAGAAAUGACUGAGGAAACUAAAAUUGCCAAGAAAUCACCAUCAAAGUCAUUUAUAGUGAAGGAAAAGAUGUUUCUGACUUCAAGGGACAGGUAAUCUGAAAAAUCAAAUAACAGUAGUGUAAGCAAAUAUAUCAGCACUGAACCUAAUUCAAAAGAGAAUAAAACUAGCUAAAACUGGAGGAAAAAAGUGAAUGCUAAUAAGGAUAACAUUCUAGAUAAGAUUAAUCAAUCACUGAAGUUCAAAGUGAAUGAAACUUAUGAGAAGCAAGUUUAAAUAGACAAAAUCAAAGAAUUUACUAACGCUUUCAAUUAAAUCAAGAAAUAAAAGUAAUAACCUAAAAAUAAAAAAUUGAUAAUUUCACAUGAUGAAUCUAAUUUCGAGCCAUUAACAUCAUUUAACAUUACAGAGAAACAGUCAUACAGAGAUCAACUCAAAGAGAAGCUAUCUGUAGAGCAAAAUGCAAUUUAAGAUAAUAUCAAGUAAUUUUUAGAUAAAACUUAUAAUGUGAAAAAGGAUGUGAAACACUUGUCAGAAAAGCAAAUUAGAAGAGAGAGAAUACAUAAAUCUUUUGAUAUUACUUUACCUAGUUCUACAUAUAACUAGAAUAGAGAUUAGCAGCAAAAUAUGCUUUCAAGGCCAACUAUGCAGCAAUAAGGGGACAUGUUCUCAGAUAAUUUUGCCUUAAAUGAAAGCAGAAAUAGCACAAGUCCCAGACUUAAUCAUGACAGUCUGAUGCAGCAAAUAAGCAUGCUGGUCUAUGAUCAGCCAACCGAAAAGCCUAAAAAGGUUGAUAUCAAGAAACAAUAAUAGAAUGACAUUAGAAGCAUUAUCGAUAAUUGUUACUAGACUGAGGAGCAUGAGAAUUUUAAAGCUAUUAAGGAAUACUUUAAUAAUGAUCACAUCCUAGUUGAGCAGCAAUAGGAUAGACUACUUCGAGCUAUUGAUACUUAUUAGGAAUCAUUCCUGGCAGUGAUAAAGCAAUCUAAAAAUGAGAAAAGUCUCUACUGCAAUGACAUCAUGAUGGAGUAACUUAAAGAGGACGGUGAAAACUUUGAGAACUUUUUAAGGCCAGAGUACAUGGAUUAAAUUAAGAAAGAAAAAAUGAACAAUCUGAGAAGUGUCCUGUUUGGCAAAAAAACUAAAAUAUGGAAGCCUUCCAAGUAUGAAAUACCCAGAAGCAUAAGGAAUGUUUUCUUAGGGAAUGGAGCAGCAGAUCCUUGA